AUGCAAAUGUUGAUUUCGUUUCUCGCAAUCUGCCUGUACGCGACCACUACCAUGGCCAUCUCAGCCGAGGACAAGACGCUGCUGCUGUUGCUACACAAUACGUACAGAGCGAAACUUCUGAACUGUGGGGUGUCCAAACAACCACCAGCUACCGUAAUGCCCAAAAUGGUAUGGAACGAUCAACUUUCAAAAAAAGCGCAACAGUUGAGUGAUAAAUGCAUAGCUGGUCACGACAAGAACGAGGAGAGGUUGGUGGCACCGUUCACUUGGGUCGGACAAAACUUUGCCAGUAAUCCAUCAGUGUCAAACGGAUUCUACGAUUGGGUUAACGAAAGUACGCUUUAUAACUAUUGGCAAAAUACGUGCAACGGUGUUUGUGGUCACUACACUCAGGUGAGUGAUGAAUGUUUGCAGGUGGACUAG